UAAAUGCGAGGUGACGGCCAGUAGGGAAGGAGUUUUCCACAGCGUGUUAGUCUCACAAGUUCACUUGGAGUGUGCACUAAAGGGGACUUUCCGCGGAAAGAUAUUUGCGAAGAUAUUUUUGCAGAAGCCUUAUUGUCCUUCAGACGGAGGUGCGGACCAGAAAAUCCUUGAGUGUAUAUUGAGAUCACCUGUCCUUAGCUAUAAUCAUGACAACUCCAGGAGAAGCAAGAGGGGGAUACGAGAAGUAUUUCACUGGCGGACUACACACUUUACAUGCAUCAUCAACGAAGGAAGAAAUUGAAGAAUGUUAUGAUAAGUGGGCUGACGCUUAUGACAAGGAUCUUGUGUCCGCGGGUUGCGUCAAACAUGAACCAAUGGUUAGAGUUUUCGACGAAGCAAUUAAGAUAGCCAUGCCAAACAAACCGAAAUGCCAAGUCAGAAUAAUGGACAUGGGAUCCGGGACUGGACUUCUGGGAGUGGAGCUGAACAAGAGGGGCUACACAAACGUAGACGCCCUAGAUGUCACUCAGAAAAUGUUGGAUGUAUCUAGGGAGAAGGGCGUCUACACGAAAUUUAUAUGUGCCCAUCUAACGGAGGCGCGGACCCCUGGCAUUGAGGAUGGUGAUUACAAUGCCAUAAUUUCAUCUGGAGUGGUUACAGCGGCUUACGGACAUAUUAAACCACCGGCCUUUUAUGAGAUGAUGAGAGUAAUUAGCGAUGGAGGCGUUAUCUAUUUCAACGUUCGCACCAAGGAAAUUCCUGACUUCCGACCGAGCAUGAAAGGGCUAGAAGAUAAGGGCCUGUGGACGCUUAUCAAGGAAGAACAAGUACCACAUUAUAAUAUUGAAGAUCCUGCUCUACCAAAAAGUACCACUGUAUUUGCGUUUCAAGUUCACCACAAAGAGCGCCACGCUAUUUAAUGUUGUUGCAAUUAGAUACUAGAUUUUUCGCAAGGAGGUAGUAGGAGGUACAAUAAGACUGUAUCGAAUAAUGAAAACGUAAAUGUAAGGGAUUUAAGGUCAUCGGUUUAAAGUCUGUCAGUGAGUAUACAGAGAAAUUCUCAAUUCACUGUCGAAACAUUGCUUUGGUUUUGCUUUACUAAGUUUGUGAGAUUUAAUUGGCUCUUUAAGGUGUUUUCCUUUCUUCUGAUAGGACGUACUUUUGGUUUAGGAUAAUCGAUCGAAAAGCGCUUAAGAUCAAGCAUGAACUGUCAUUCUUGUUUUUCUCGCCGUUAGAUCGUAUUUAAAACUCAUAGAUGCACUGUAAUAAAUCGAUCCUUGCUAUUUAUUUUAUUCAUUUAUUUCAUCAUAGAAAGUAGAAGCUAAGACAAAAUAAAGUAUGCUUGCUUCAGA